AUGGCCGAGAAGGUUCAAGAGCUCUACCCAAAGAGCAAGUGGUUCUUCCUGUUAGAGCUGUUCUGGUCCUGCUCAUGGUCAUGGUUGCGGACUCUCUUCAGGGUGGCGAUGACAGUGGCAGUCAUGACCCUUCCGAGAGACUCCGGGAACUCCGAUUCAAGGACGAUAGAAUGCUCCUUCGUGCUGAUGGGGUUGUUGGGGUUCGCAGGCUUGAUGAAGGCAAACCGUUGGGAGUUUGUGAACGACUGGGAAAUUCUUCUCUACGCGCUAUCGCUGGGAGUCCUAAUCCUGCUGCAGGCCGGGAACACGGUCUCCGUCGCAGUCCUGGCGAGCGCUACCGUUUUCGUGGCCGUGGCUCCGGUUCUCCUCUACCUUUUCGCAUUUGCCAUCCGCCGCUGCCUCACCAACGUGGAGGCGACGCAGAGCAAGCCCAAGUCACAGGCGUUGGAGGGCAUCAUCCACAAGUGCUUUGCCAAGGAAGCCGACGGAAACGAGGGGCCCACCGUCCAGGCGGUCGACGUCGCCUUCUGA